UUUGACCCCCCUAAACCUCCCCCCAGAGCACACUAUCCCAGCAGCCUCUCUGUCUCAGCUAGCCCAUCCCUCAGCAGUCUGGACAGCUCCGGUGGUGACCUCACUCCUCUUCCUGCCGCCAACCACCACCUCUCCUACAACAACAUCAACCCCUCCCUCCCCCGCUCUCCCCCACCUACCUCCCCCCCGGGGGCCAAGCCUGUCCCUAAGGUGAGCCAGUCCCCUGUCCCCCUGUCCCCCGCCCAGACCCCUCAGCUCAACCUGCUCUCCCUCAGACCUCAGGUAGGACACCUGGCCCCCUCCACCCCCCUGCCACUGGAGCACACCCAGCCACGGGAAAUGAUGUCAGAGAGAGAAAGCGUGGGUUCCAUCCUGCAGAGGAUCGCUUCCUUCUCCCGUCCCGACGCCAUGACGACCACCAGGGUUCUGAGCGGGGUUGCCCUUAGCAACGGGGUGAAGAAGGAGAGCCCACCACCGAUGAAGCGUCAGGAGCGUGUUUCCUCACCUCCACCAUCACCUCUACCUGUGGCGGUGCAGAGACAGGGGCUAAAGAGAGUGCAAGACACAACUAAGGUGCUGGAGCAGGAGAUACCCGCCUCGAUGGAGGAGAGAGGGAUGGAGGAAGUAGAACCGGCAUCAGUAGAAGACAAACCAGCAGCAGAGAAAGCUGUGGAGGAGGGAGAGGCACAGAAGACAGAGGAUAGCACAGCGCAGAAUAAAGGGACGGAAGAGAGAAAGAUGGAGGGAGAAGUAGACGUAGAGGGAGAGAUGGAGGGAGAGGUAGAGGUCGUGACCCCUUGCCCUACAGAGAGCCAUGGUCUCCAGGGAACCAUUAAAGGUCAUGACCUCUUCGGCUACGUGGGCAUCGAGGCUGUUCUGGACCAGAUGAGACGCAAGACCAUGAAGGCUGGCUUCGAGUUCAACAUCAUGGUCGUGGGUCAGAGUGGACUAGGGAAGUCUACCCUGGUCAACACUCUGUUCAAGUCUAAAGUCAGCCGCAAGUCCUGCAGCCCUAACUACGAAGAGAAGAUCUCCAAGACUGUCAAACUGCAGUCCGUCAGCCAUGUGAUAGAGGAAAAGGGAGUGAAGAUGAAGCUCACAGUGAUUGACACUCCAGGAUUCGGAGACCAGAUAAACAACGAAAACUGUUGGGAGCCUAUUGUGAGUUAUGUUAAUGAUCAGUAUGAGAGGUACCUGAAAGAAGAGCUGUACGUCAACAGGAAGCCGAGGAUCCCUGAUACACGCGUCCACUGCUGUGUCUACUUCCUGCCUGCCACCGGACACUGGUUACGUCCCAUAGACGUGGAGUUCAUGAAGAGACUGGGGAAGAUAGUCAGCAUCGUACCGGUCAUCGCUAAGGCAGACACACUCACUAUGGAGGAGAGACUAGAGUUCAAACAGAGGGUAAGACAGGACCUGAAGGCCAAUGGGAUCCGAGUAUACCCUCAGACUGAGUACGACGAAGAUCCAGAGGACAGGAUACUCAACGACAAGAUCAGGGAAAACAUUCCGUUUGCGGUGGUGGGGACAGACAAGGAACACCAGGUAAACGGGAACAAGGUCCUGGGCAGGAAAACCAAAUGGGGCAUCAUAGAGGUUGAAAACGUGGCGCAUUGUGAGUUUACCAACUUGAGAGAUCUGCUGAUUAGGUCCCACCUGCAGGACCUGAAGGACGUGACCCACAACAUCCACUAUGAGACAUUCCGCGUCAGGAGGCUGAACGAGAGUAACCUGACCGUCCACGGUCUGGCCCUGUCCUGCUUUCCAAUGGAGAACGGGACCCACGGAACCAACGGAACCUCGGACAGGAGCGAAUCAGAGAGCCACCUCUGAGGGGGACCACAGAGUGCGUCGCACACAGCAGUAGCUCCAGCUUCCUGCUCACAGCUUCCUGUUUCCUGUUUUGACUGCAAAAUCGUUGGCCGACUGCUUCCCCCAAUCGGAACACGAGAAAGAGAGCGAAAAAAAGAAAGAGGAGCUUUUCUUUUAACAAAGGAGAGAUGUUUUCGGUGGCCACCACACCUUGGAUUUUGAACAUUUUAUUGAGUUUUACUAAAGACAUUAUUGAUAAGAAAUGCAUUUAAACUUCAUAUAUAAAUAUAUUUUCUCAGAAUGAGUUUAUAUUUCCUGGAAGCAGGGUCACACAGGGCUGGAAGAGCAGAGAGAGAUGGGGAGAGAAAAACAGAAAAAGAGAGGGGGAGAUUGAUGGAUGGAAAGGGGGAGAGUGAGGAAUGGAGAGAAGUAUGUAAACAGAGAGGGAGAGAGGGGUAGGGUGAGAGAUGGAGAGAGAGAUAAAACAGAGAGGGAGAGUGAGGGAUGGAGAGAGAGAGGAAGAGAUAAAAAUAGAGAGGGGGAGAGAGAGGAGGUGUGUUAUGUGCUCAGACAAUGUUAUUUCUGCAAUACCAAUGUUUAUGCAGUGUCAUUGUUCACACUCAUACUACCCCUGGAAUUCAGAAAACUGGAAUCACCUGCCUGAGAGUGAUUUACAGUAUACUGUAGCUAACACAGCUACAGCCUCCUGUAUUCUACAGUACCCAGGUCCAUUCUGCUACAGCCUCCUGUAUUCUAGAGUACCCAGGUCCAUUCAGCUACAGCCUCCUGUAUUCUAGAGUACCCAGGUCCAUUCAGCUACAGCCUCCUGUAUUCUACAGUACCCAGGUCCAUUCUGCUACAGCCUCCUGUAUUCUAGAGUACCCAGGUCCAUUCAGCUACAGCCUCCUGUAUUCUAGAGUACCCAGGUCCAUUCAGCUACAGCCUCCUGUAUUCUAGAGUACCCAGGUCCAUUCAGCUACAGCCUCCUGUAUUCUACAGUACCCACGUCCAUUCAGCUACAGCCUCCUUUAUUCUAGAGUACCCAGGUCCAUUCUGCAACAGCCUCCUGUAUUCUACAGUACCCAGGUCCAUUCAGCUACAGCCUCCUGUAUUCUACAGUACCCACGUCCAUUCAGCUACAGCCUCCUGUAUUCUACAGUACCCACGUCCAUUCAACUACAGCCUCCUGUAUUCUAGAGUACCCACGUCCAUUCAGCUACAGCCUCCUGUAUUCUACAGUACCCACGUCCAUUCAGCUACAGCCUCCUGUAUUCUACAGUACACAGGUCCAUUCUGCUACAGCCUCCUGUAUUCUACAGUACCCAGGUCCAUUCAGCUACAGCCUCCUGUAUUCUACAGUACCCAGGUCCAUUCAGCUACAGCCUCCUGUAUUCUAGAGUACCCAGGUCCAUUCAGCUACAGCCUCCUGUAUUCUACAGUACCCACGUCCAUUCAGCUACAGCCUCCUGUAUUCUACAGUACCUACGUCCAUUCAGCUACAGCCUCCUGUAUUCUACAGUACCCACGUCCAUUCAGCUACAGCCUCCUGUAUUCUACAGUACCCAGGUCCAUUCAGCUACAGCCUCCUGUAUUCUAGAGUACCCACGUCCAUUCAGCUACAGCCUCCUGUAUUCUACAGUACCCAGGUCCAUUCAGCUACAGCCUCCUGUAUUCUACAGUACCCAGGUCCAUUCAGCUACAGCCUCCUGUAUUCUAGAGUACCCAGGUCCAUUCAGCUACAGCCUCCUGUAUUCUACAGUACCCAGGUCCAUUCAGCUACAGCCUCCUGUAUUCUAGAGUACCCAGGUCCAUUCAGCUACAGCCUCCUGUAUUCUAGAGUACCCAGGUCCAUUCUGCUACAGCCUCCUGUAUUCUAGAGUACCCAGGUCCAUUCAGCUACAGCCUCCUGUAUUCUACAGUACCCAGGUCCAUUCAGCUACAGCCUCCUGUAUUCUACAGUACCCAGGUCCAUUCUGCUACAGCCUCCUGUAUUCUAGAGUACCCAGGUCCAUUCUGCUACAGCCUCCUGUAUUCUAGAGUACCCACGUCUAUUCAGCUACAGCCUCCUGUAUUCUAGAGUACCCAGGUCUAUUCAGCUACAGCCUCCUGUAUUCUAGAGUACCCAGGUCCAUUCUGCUACAGCCUCCUGUAUUCUAGAGUACCCAGGUCCAUUCAGCUGCAGCCUCCUGUAUUCUAGAGUACCCAGGUCCAUUCUGCUACAGCCUCCUGUAUUCUAGAGUACCCACAUCCAUUCUGCUACAGCCUCCUGUAUUCUACAGUACUCAGGUCCAUUCAGCUGCAGCCUCCUGUAUUCUAGAGUACCCAGGUCCAUUCUGGGUGUUAUUUGGGCACAGCAGAAAUGAUAUGGUCUAUAUCAGAUUUGUCAAACUCAUUCCACUGAGGGUCGAGUGUCUGUAUCUGUUUUUUCCAUUCAAUUAAAACCUAGACAACCAGGUGAAGGGAGAUCCUUACUAAUUAGUGACCUGAAUUCCUCCAGCAAGGACAAGGGUGGAGCGAAAACCUGCAGACACUCUGCCCUCCGUGAAAUGAGUUUGACACGUGGUCUGUAUGCUACUGUGUGAAUACUGCAAUGUGGCUUUGUUUGAAUUCCGCCCCGUUUUUCCAUCUCUCAAAGGACGGCAGCCUUUUUAACACUGUAUGAAUACUGGCAGAGCCAUAGCCUAGCCUAUGUAUGGCUUAUGAACCUCUUUCUAUAACACAGGCAUAGGCCUGUAAUAUAUUCAGAUGCUUCAUUUCAUUUAAUACGCAUGUUGACUUAAAAAAAAGAAAAUAUAUUUUUUCCAGAAAAGUACUUUUUGUUUGUUACCUUUUCCACCUGCGGUAAACGUCGAUACACACAUACAUAUCCAUACACACAUACAUAUCCAUACACACAUACAUAUCCAUACACACAUACAUAUCCAUACACACUUGUCCAUCCAUACAUACACAGUCCAGUUAACCUCCAAGGGCCUUUCUGUGUUGUGUAUAGAGGGAGUGCUAGAUCCCUUCUCUCUCCUUCCCGAUGGUGAGCUGUGCUGUUUGGAGAGAGGGCUCCACCUAGAGGCCAAGUGGAGGAAUGACCGGAGUCAGAGACAAGAGGAUACAAACUGUACUCUCUCACCAGUGUCUAGGGUUGCAAAAUUCCCAGUAGCUCUCAAUGAUACUAUGUUAUGGGAGAGACAGGAAAUGAUGUAGACAAGAUUAGAUUAGCCCAGUUUACCCUCCUCUGUUGUAUGGCUUUGGAUGUGCCUAACUGUAACUUAGAGACCCAAACUUCCUGUUUAACGUUAACAUGUAAAUGUGAUGCUAGGGGGGCCGCUUUCCGGACACAGAUUAAGCCCACUUCGUCCUAUAAGCCUUCUCCAUUGAAAGUGUUUCGUAGUCCAAGACUAGGCUUAAUCUGUGUUGGGGAAACUGGUCCUAUGAUAACCAUGUAUGUGUGUGUUUGCCCAUUCAAAGCCUGUUGUGUCUUCACAGACUGACUGCCUCUUCUUUAACUACUGAUCAGCUGUCUGUUUUUAGACCAGAUCACUAGAUCAUCACCCACUGUUGUCCAUUAAAGGCUCAUCUCUCUCUCAUUUAUAUAGCUAGUGUUGACCUGGUACACAGCUGCCUAUGACUUACAGGCAUCUUGUACACACACACACACACACACACACACACACACACACACACACACACACACACACACACACACACACACACACACAUAAACACACACACACACACACACACACACACACACACACACACACACACACACACACACACACACACACAGACCCACCCAUGACGUGAUAAUGUUUGUGUUGUUUAUCUCCUGCCUCUGAUGUUUUAUAUUGUUGUAGCCUAAUGUUCUGUAAGCUGCAUCCUGAUAGACCUUGUUUUACACAUUAAUAAACACCAUUGAUUUAAACGUCA